ACGAUAGUGCACACUCAUCUUUUUUGGCUUUGUGGUUGGCAGUCCGUAUUUAGGCGGAAACUGGUAAAAAAUAAAAUCCUCCGUGUGAAAACUGAGUGCUCAGAAGUUGGCGCCAACUGUAAAACUAAAAACAAACUGCGUGCAAGCCGCCAGGAGCGGUGAGAAUAAUGACUUGCCAACGAGAUUCGCUCAAUUGGUGAGGGGACCUCGGCGAGUUGAGUUUGCCAUCGCGUUUGCCGCGCCGUUUUCACGCAUCCCGCCUGCGGUCCUACUGAAACUGAGACGAGCGAAUUGUAAUUUUCCUUCGAGCUAAAAAUUAUAUGAAAUUGCUGGCGAAAAGCGAUUUGCAAGUCGUGUUAACGAAAAAUCUGCGAAAAGCGCUACGUGGUGCGUGAGUGCGAGUGCGACGGAAAACUCUUGCAGUGAGCGAGUGAGAGAGAAGCAAAAGACGAGCCAGCAAACUCUACAAACACACAAACAACACAAUGAUGAAAAUGGAGACUGACAAAAUAAUGGACGAAACCAACUCCAAUGCACAGGCCUUCACAACCACUAUGCUGUACGACCCGGUGCGCAAGAAAGACUCAUCGCCCACCUACCAAACGGAGCGGGAACUCUGUUUUCAGUACUUCACCCAAUGGAGCGAGUCGGGCCAGGUGGACUUCGUGGAGCACCUGUUGUCGCGCAUGUGCCACUAUCAGCACGGACAGAUCAAUGCCUAUCUCAAGCCGAUGCUCCAGCGUGACUUUAUCACAUUGCUGCCAAUCAAGGGUCUGGAUCACAUCGCAGAAAACAUUUUGUCGUACUUGGAUGCCGAAUCGCUCAAAUCGGCCGAGCUGGUCUGCAAAGAAUGGCUACGCGUCAUUUCCGAGGGCAUGCUGUGGAAGAAGCUUAUCGAACGCAAGGUGCGCACAGAUUCCUUGUGGCGCGGACUGGCCGAGCGGCGUAAUUGGAUGCAAUACCUCUUCAAGCCUAGACCGGGUCAGACUCAACGGCCACACUCAUUCCAUCGCGAGUUGUUCCCCAAGAUAAUGAAUGACAUAGACAGCAUAGAGAACAACUGGCGGACUGGCCGCCACAUGCUGCGCCGCAUCAACUGCCGGUCCGAGAACUCGAAGGGUGUCUAUUGCCUGCAGUACGAUGAUGGCAAGAUUGUCUCCGGACUAAGGGACAACACCAUCAAGAUCUGGGAUCGCACGGAUUUGCAGUGCGUUAAGACCCUAAUUGGCCACACUGGAUCGGUGCUGUGCCUGCAGUAUGACGACAAGGUGAUCAUCAGUGGCUCCAGCGACUCCACCGUCCGCGUGUGGGACGUCAAGACCGGCGAGAUGGUGAACACUCUCAUCCACCACUGCGAGGCGGUGCUGCACUUGCGCUUUAACAACGGCAUGAUGGUGACCUGCUCCAAGGAUCGCUCCAUCGCCGUCUGGGACAUGACCUCACCCAGUGAGAUCACGCUGCGGCGCGUACUUGUCGGUCACCGGGCUGCCGUAAAUGUGGUGGACUUUGACGAGAAGUACAUCGUGUCCGCCAGCGGGGAUCGUACCAUCAAGGUCUGGUCCACAUCAAGCUGUGAAUUCGUGCGCACCUUGAAUGGCCACAAGCGUGGCAUCGCCUGCCUACAGUAUAGAGAUCGCCUAGUGGUCAGCGGCAGCUCAGACAAUUCCAUAAGGCUUUGGGACAUUGAGUGCGGUGCCUGUUUACGUGUCCUAGAGGGUCAUGAGGAAUUGGUUCGCUGCAUCCGUUUCGAUACGAAACGAAUCGUCAGCGGCGCCUACGAUGGCAAAAUCAAGGUUUGGGAUUUGGUCGCCGCCCUUGAUCCAAGAGCAGCCUCCAAUACUCUCUGUCUGAAUACCCUUGUGGAACAUACUGGUCGCGUGUUUCGUUUGCAAUUCGAUGAGUUCCAGAUUGUUAGCAGCUCGCAUGAUGAUACAAUUUUGAUUUGGGACUUUCUAAAUUUCACACCCAAUGAGAACAAGACCGGACGCACACCGUCACCGGCCCUGAUGGAACAUUAACAUUUUGUGCAACGGCAGCUGCGCGAGUUACAUCUACAAUCCUCGAGCGAAGGAGAGGAGGACGACGAUGAGGACGAGGACGAUGGAGAUGAUUUUGAUGAGGAGGAUUCUAUAAAUGAUGCUGGCGCGUUUAUGGGGGGAUAUGUUAGGCACCGGGAUGGUGGUGGUUCGGACUCCGUCACCGGUUCCGGUUCGGAUCCAGAAUCGGAUGACCUGGAUUUUGAUGUAGAUGUUGAAAAUAUAAAUGAUUAUGAUGAAUAAUGAGUGAAAGGUCGUAAACCAGCACAUACACACAGCAUGCGACUCGUCUAUUCAGAAAACUAUAUUGAACCCAAGAUACAGCGAUCUCUAAGCGUCUAUUUUACAACCGCACACCACUCUACACACUACAUCCACACACACAUACAUCCACACCGAACACACACAUAAUAUGAAUUAAAUGAAGUUAUAAAUGCAAACAAACAAUAAAUGCAGAAGGAGUAUACUAAAUAUGCAGAUAUUUUCGCAAAGCUGGCUGUUAGGUUUGUCAUAUACGAAUGAAACGAAAAUGAAGCAAAAACAGAAGAAAAGUAAAAUUAUGUAUAAGUUAACUAGGCGCUGUAAUACUAAUCGAGGGUCAGUCUUUGAAUCGCACUUCGGAUCGGUGGAUCGAUCGGGCGUUACUUUAAGUGUUUCUUUAGCUCAAAUACACAUGUUUCGCGUUUAGGCAGCUGCCGCCUUAGGAAAGAGGAAAUCUGUGA